AUGCCGCUGCCGGCCGGCCGCGGGGCGGCUGAUGCGGGGCGGGACGGCGCCGGGGCCGGUGGUAGCGGCGGGGGUCGUGGCGGGGGUCUCCGGGCCAUGCAGGGGCCGGGGGUGCGGGGUGUCGUGGUCCGGGCAUGCCUGCUGCUGCUGCCGCCCUGCGCCCUGGUGCUGGCGGCGGUGCCGGGCUCCGCGUCCCACCCGCAGCCCUGCCAGAUCCUGCGGCGCAUCGGGCACACCGUCAGGGUGGGGGCCACCCACCUGCAGCCCCGCUUGGCCCCCGACGCUUGGCCCCGGGAGGGGGCGGCGGAAGGAGGCGGUGGCCUCGAGUGGGGGGUCCCGGCGGGGUCCAGGGGCCGGCGGCCGGGGGGCGGUGGUGAGAUGCGGACGCCCCCCGCGCCCUCCCCGCGGGACGCCCUGCUGCUGGCCGUGGCGAACCUGAACGGCGUGUCCGGGCUGCUGCCCUACAACCUGUCCCUGGAGGUGGUGAUGGCGAUCGAGGCGGGGCUGGGCGACCUGCCCCUCUUCCCCUUCUCUUCCCCCAGCGCCUCGUGGAGCAACGACCCCGUGUCCUUCCUGCAGAGCCUCUGCCACACCGUGGUGGUGCAGGGGGUCUCCGCCAUCCUCGCCUUCCCGCAGAGCCGCGGGGAGAUGCUGGAACUCGACUUCGUCUCGGCGGCGCUGCGCAUCCCCGUGGUCAGCAUCGUGCUCGGCGAGUUCCCCCGGCGGAGCCCGAAUCCCCUUCACCUGCAAAUGAGUUUAGAAAACUCAUUGAGCUCUGAUGCUGAUGUCACUUUCUCAAUCCUUGCAAUGAACAACUGGUACAAUUUCAGCUUGAUGGUAUGCCAGGAGGAGUGGAACAUCACAGAUUUUCUCUUCCUCACACAACAGAGCUCCAAGUUUCACCUGGGAUCCAUUAUAAACAUCACAGCAAUCACUUCAACCAGAGACCUUCUGAACUACCUACAGUUUUAUCUGGAGAACAUCAAAGAAACAACGUCUACUAUGGUGAUGUUUGGAUGCGACAUGGAAAAAACAAGGAGAAUUUUUGAAAUAACUACCCAGUUUGGUGUGAUGCCUCCAGAACUUCACUGGAUUAUUGGGGAUUCACAGAAUGUAGAAGAACUGAGGACAGAAGGUUUGCCACUUGGUCUCAUUGCUCAUGGCAAGACAACACAAUCAGUCUUUGAGCAUUACGUACAGGAUGCAAUGGAGCUGGUAGCAAGAGCUGUAGCAGCAGCCACCAUGAUUCAGCCUGAACUAGCUCUUCUUCCAAGCACAAUGAAUUGCAUGGACACAGAUGAAAAAAAUAUCACUUCAGGGCAGUACUUAUCAAAGUUUUUAGCCAACACAACAUUUGAUGGCCUCAGUGGCCACAUUAAGGUGAAAGGCUCUUCCGUUGUUAGCUCAGAAAACAACUUCUUCAUCUGGAAUCUGCAGCAUGACCCUGUUGGGAACCCAAUGUGGACUCGUCUGGGGAGCUGGCAAGAAGGAAAGAUAGUCAUGGACUAUGGGAUAUGGCCAGAACAAGCCCAGAGACAUAAAAAUCACAUGCAACACCCCACCCGGUUGCACCUCAGAGUGGUAACUCUCAUUGAGCAUCCAUUUGUCUUUACAAGAGAUGUAGAUGAUGAAGGUCUUUGCCCAGCAGGGCAGCUGUGCCUGGAUCCUUUGACCAAUGAUUCAGCUGUGCUGGAUAACCUGUUUGAAACCCUUCAAGGAGGAAAUGACACCGUUCCGAUUGAGCUGAAGAAGUGCUGCUAUGGCUACUGCAUUGACCUGCUGGAGAAACUGGCUGAGGAUAUGAACUUUGAUUUUGAUUUGUAUAUUGUUGGUGAUGGAAAGUAUGGAGCCUGGAAGAAUGGCCACUGGACAGGACUGGUGGGAGACCUUCUUUCUGGGACAGCUCAUAUGGCAGUGACAUCGUUUAGCAUUAACACUGCUCGCAGCCAAGUGAUUGAUUUCACCAGCCCUUUCUUUUCAACCAGCUUGGGCAUCUUGGUGAGGACCAAAGACACCGCAGCUCCAAUUGGAGCCUUUAUGUGGCCACUUCACUGGACUAUGUGGCUGGGGAUAUUUGUCGCUCUGCACAUCACAGCUAUAUUCCUCACCUUAUAUGAAUGGAAAAGUCCUUUUGGGAUGACCCCCAAGGGAAGGAACAGGAACAAAGUCUUCUCUUUCUCAUCUGCUCUGAAUGUCUGCUAUGCAAUCUUGUUUGGAAGAACAGCUGCCAUCAAACCUCCCAAGUGCUGGACUGGAAGAUUUUUAAUGAAUCUAUGGGCUAUUUUCUGUCUGUUUUGUUUGUCCACAUACACAGCCAACCUAGCUGCUGUCAUGGUAGGAGAGAAGAUCUAUGAAGAGCUUUCUGGAAUACAUGACCCAAAGCUCCACCACCCAUCCCAAGGGUUUCGCUUUGGAACCGUGCGAGAAAGCAGCGCAGAAGACUAUGUGAGGCAAAGCUUCCCAGAGAUGCACGAGUAUAUGCGGCGGUACAAUGUCCCUGCAACCCCAGAUGGAGUAGCAUAUCUAAAGAGUGAUCCAGAGAAACUUGAUGCCUUCAUUAUGGAUAAAGCACUCUUAGAUUAUGAAGUAUCAAUAGAUGCUGACUGCAAGCUUCUAACUGUGGGAAAGCCCUUUGCCAUUGAAGGAUAUGGUAUUGGUCUUCCCCCUAACUCUCCGCUCACCUCCAACAUCUCUGAACUGAUAAGUCAGUACAAGUCCCACGGAUUCAUGGAUGUUCUGCAUGACAAAUGGUACAAGGUGGUUCCGUGUGGGAAAAGAAGCUUUGCUGUCACAGAGACACUGCAAAUGGGCAUCAAGCAUUUUUCUGGGCUCUUUGUGAUGUUGUGCAUUGGGUUUGUCUUGUCCAUUCUCACAACUAUUGGGGAACACAUUGUGUACAGAUUGGUUCUACCACGGAUCAAGAAGAAAUCCAAGAUGAAGUACUGGCUCCAUACAAGUCAGAGAUUACAUCGUGCUCUGAACAGUUCAUUUAUUGAAGACAAAUGCCAGCCUAAGACAAAACGAGUAGAAAAGAGGUCCCAUGUAGGGAACAGCCAGCAUGCUGUGUGGAAUACAGCCAACACGGGCAACUGUCACCGGAAAAAAUACGUUUGCACCAACGAGGGGCAAAAUGAGGUGGUGAUCCAACAGCACCAAGACAUCCCACUGCCGCAGGUGAGGAGAGAGACUCCGGCUUGUUUAACGACCAACGGGAAAGCAGACUCCCUCAGCAUUGCCAGGACCUCGGUGACGCAAGAGCUCACAGAGCUGGAGAAGCAGAUCCAAAUCAUCAAGCAGGAGCUGCAGCUAGCCAUGGACAGGAAAUCAGAGCUGGAAGAGUAUCAGAGAACAAACAGGACUGCAGAGCCCUAG